AUGGCGAGGAAUUCAAGCUUCCUAAUCCUAUUGGUCUCUUUGUAUCUCAUGGACUUCGCUAUUGCCAAAAUUCCGUGCAAGACAGAAGUUAGCUUACCUGGUAUGGCUCUCAAAGGAUUCGUCUUUAAAAAGGUCCCAGUAACAGCUCCUCAUGUGUGCGAUAUCACCUGCGAGAGAGAAACGAUAUGUCAAAGCUACAAUUAUGUAAUUGGGGAAAAGUCCUGUGAAUUGAACUCCCGAACUAAGGAAGCAAGGCCCGAGAAUUUUCAGCCAGAUGAUUUACGCUUUUACAUGGGACGCAUUAGUGGUAGAAGUAUGUAUCCGGUUUAGUUUAUUUUACAAACAAAUCUUUCUCAGUGAGUUCCUAGUAAGACCUCGCUACUUUCCGAGAGCUGAUGUCCGAUUGCUUGGUUAUUAAAUAGAGUCAGUGUCUUAAAGCAAAAUUCGCCUUCCAUGCAUAUAUUGAUAUCAGCUAAACUACUCAACUCUUAAUUAUUGUUAUUCCAUGUUUAUCUUGCUCGGACAAACAUAUUUUCAGAUCUAAUCUGUUUUGCAACUUCUAUUACCCUUAAACUAUUAAUGAAGUCAUGUCUAUAUCGUAGCCCCCUUGAGGAUCUAUUCCUGAAUUACCAGCGUUAUCGUGCCAAGAGAUAAAAUUAAGUGAAGGUAAAGACAGCAUCAGUAAAACUUACUGGUUGGAUCCAACUAAUGUCGGGAGCUCAAAGUUGGUUUAUUGCGACAUGAUUUUGGAAGGUAAGUCAGUAUAACAAGAACAGAAUUUACACAGCGUUUGGUCUACCUUUGCCCUGGCCUUCUGUGAAAUGUUUUCACCUUGUCUCAGUGAUUUCUUCGAUUAAUUUUCAAAUAGACAUCGAUGAAUGUAAAGGCAGCAAUAAAGUUUGUGACGAAAAUGCAAACUGCUCCAAUACUGUUGGGUUUUAUAAUUGCACCUGCAAAGACGGUUUUACUGGGGAUGGACGCUUGUGCUCAGGUAAAAUAGUUACAGACAUGCCGAGGUACAAUAUUUAAUUAUUUUUCGCCUAAAAAAACACUAGAGUUACAUUUGAGCUAUCUACAAUCGAGUGAGUCAAGCUUGUAUGCUAUAUCAGUGGCCCUUAGCAUUACACAACGCAAUUUAAGCAGGAACUACUGUCCUACUAGAGCUGAGUUUUGUUUUUUUAAGCAGCAUUACCCAUACAUGUUUAUACAAAGAGUUGCCAUGAUCUACAUCCGGUUUUUUCCAGAGCCAUCAUGUUAGGAGACUAAAAAAUAACAUUGGAGAAGAGAAUAUAAUAUCUAGGUUGCACGUUUCAAAAAUCUAGUUCAUUAAAGACGAAAAAGUGAAAGCUUUUACUUAUUAUUUGAAAUGAUGAAAGUAAUUAUAAAUCGUCAGGUGACAAAAAUAAAGUGCAAAAUGUAUUUACGGUUUCUCAGAUAUUGACGAGUGUAAAGGAAAUCACUCCUGUCACGUGAAUGCUAAGUGCAAUAACACCCUUGGAUCACAUACAUGUGAAUGUCAGCCUGGAUAUACUGGAAAUGGACAAAACUGCAAAGGUGAAUUUAAUGUCUUCGUUACAAUAUUUAGAAUAGUCCUGCAUGACACGUUUGACUACAGCGCCGCACAAUUCAGCCGUGUUGCAAGACAAUUAGAUAAUUUAUUACUCAUAUGUAACUCGUUAUGAUUUAGGCAGCCGUUCCUCAUGUUAAGAACCUCCUAGGUAACGUCCCUGAUUUUUAAAUGAACAAUCUUGGUGACUUGUGUAUUGUUAUUCUCCACUAAAAUUAACCUUAUCACAAUGAUUGACAGAAGCAUGAAAAUAAAAUCGCUCGUUUGGCUCUGAACCUUGUGCACAGGAUGGAUAUGUGAGUGAUUUUCGAUCGUGCUACGUUUUCGCUGACGCUUAAGAUAUAUUUGAGAGAAAAAAGUUGAAAAUCAUUAUCAUCAAGUUCUAUAAAAUAAUCAAGAUACUACGGGCGCCCUAGCUGGCCAAAAAACAAUCGUUAAUUGCACCGAUAAACCCAGGAAAAAUUAAAGUUUAAAUUACUAAAGUAACAGACAGCACUUUCUAUCGGAUUACCAGCGUAGUAAACGUCUCCAGAUGUUAGAAACCAUUCGAAAAAAAAAAAAAAAAAAAAAAAGGAAAUUAAUCGCCUCCAGCUCAUAAUUACAAACUAAUGUCAUGUCCUCACAAGGCUAGUUUGGUUUUUGAAGGCGAUAAAAUUUUUAUUUUGUUUCCCACGUUGAACGUAGCAGUAAAUUUCUUAGAUUUUACUUUCAUCCGACAUUCACAUCUGGGAGGCAUACUUUUACGCUCCUUUGAGCACAAGAACGAAUCAACUUUUGAUUAUAGGGGGUAAGUUUCUAAAGAAACUGUAGUGCUGCGUCGGUGGGAGAGUAUAGAAGGUAAUUUAGUGUUACCAACUAAGUUGAAAGCGUAAAUUGGCCACCGUCAAGAGUAAAAAAGCUAAUCUACGUUUUCAACUCAGUUGUUAACACUAAAUUACCAACUGAUUAUGUUUUAAAUGAUUUCAAAACCUUACACAAACUUUAACGUGAUGCAGACACGAACUCUCCGUGGCACUUAAAAACUCUUUAACAAUCUCUAACCUUCCAAGAUUCUCUUAUAAUAAGAGCAGUUAUGAUCAAUCAAACGUAUUUGACUUAUGCAAGCCAAUUCGCGUUAUGAUUACAAAUAAUUGGAUGAUGCUAGUAAACAGAGAGUUAUUACACUCUCCUAGAAAAUAAUUGGGUACAAGCAAAUACUUCUGGGCUGGCACGUUGUGUGGGAGCUGAGGAUCAAUACUGAGGAUGAAAAAUGUCCUAAACGCAUUUGGCAGCAUCCAGUUGAGGUACAAACAACUCGGACUUUGAUGGGCGAUUAAAGCAAGAGGAAACGUAAUUCCUUAUGAUGCUAUCAUUUCAUUUUAGUUGCUUUGUGCAUCACCAUUGGCAAACCCAAAUUCUUCUAACCCAAAUUCUUCAAAACCUGAGUGACGUUAACAGAAAGAGCAAUUACGCUACACCACUGUUUUGUGACAACUUACUCCUCGCGGAAUUUUUUUUUUUUUUUUUUUUUUUUUUUUUUUGGGGGGGGGGAGAAGCAGGAACAAGCCAGUUAUUUAGCCAGUUGUUUCAGGGCCGUCGGGUUGAUUAAUUGUAAUAUUCGUAAUGAAAUAUACAUUUCAAGUAUCUAAUUCGUGAAACCAAAAAAAAAAAGGAGGGCAUUGGUAAUAUUGUUUAUAAUUAUUAAAGUAAUUAUACGACUGAGAGUCUACCCAUUUUAAAGUGACAAACAUGAUAAAGUACAAAUACGUAUACGGUUUCUCAGAUAUUGACGAAUGUAAGGGAAAUCACUCUUGUCACGUCAAUGCUACCUGCAAGAACAUGGACAGAUCCUAUGUUUGUGAAUGCCAGCCUGAAUUUAAUGGAAAUGGUCAAAACUGCACAAGUGAAUUUAAUCUCUUUGCUCUAAUAUUUGGAAUAUUCUUGCUCGAAUCUAACCGGAAGCUGCCGUUUGCAAUUGUCAUUUCACUUUGCAGCUGAUCCUUGCUAUCUUUAUGAAAACCUGAGUGAAGCCAAUAGAAAGAUAAAUUACAGUACACCUCACGGUUCAGAGUUGUGUGACAGAAAACUCCUCGGGGGAUGGUAUCGUUUUGUGGGAGCUGCAGGAACAAAAAUGCCAACAACGCGCGUGCCAGCAAACAGAUGUGGUACAAACUGGUCAGGCUGGUUGAAAGGUGCUCAUCCUACAGUGGAAGAUGGUGAAGUUCAAAGGACGGUCUGCUUUAGUGAUCGCUCUACUGGUUGCCAACAGUCAAUAAAUAUUUUUGUAAAAAACUGUGGAUCUUACUUCAUCUACAAACUUCACCCACCUUAUUGUUUCUCACGCUACUGUGGUACAGACUGA